AUGACGACUUUCUGUAUGGUCCAACGAUACAAGAUUGGCCCAGAGAAUUUUUUUUUUUUCUUUCUCGCUCUCUCUCUCUCUCUCUCUCUCUCUCUCUCUCUCUCUCUCUCUCUCUCUCUCUCUCUCUCUCUCUCUCUCUCUCUCUCUCUCUCUCUCUCUCUCUCUCUCAGGCUCUCUCCAAGAACAAUCUCCGUUGGCAGCGGGUUGUGCGUGUCGUCUGUGUUGGUGAUGACAUUGUGUUAUUUUGAAGAGGUAUCCACUCCAUAUCUGAGCGACGUGUGGGCUUCUGAAUGCACGAAGCACAACAACGAGGGGCGGCAGGGUGCCAAGAUGCGCAUGUUCCAGGCCUGGUGGUGCCGGAUUGGCUGGCAUUGUUGUGGCCUUUUCGUCCUGUCCAGCGCCCUGAUACACGCAGACGGCUGGGACCAACCGACCAAGGAAGCUGGCGUCAGAAUCAAAAGUCAUGACGUACUGACCUCGCGCUUCGGCCGGCACCUUUACGCGAUCCUGCCGUUGUACUUUUCUUCUCUCUUUCUCAAACCGACCAAACCAAUUCAUUUCUCUCUCUCUCUCUCUCUCUCUCUCUCUUCUCAAACCAAUUCAUCUCUCUCUCUCUCUCUCUCUCUUUUUUUUGAUGUUUUUGUGCAGUUUCCCUCUCUCUCUCUCUCUCUCUCUCUCUCUCUCUCUCUCUCUCUCUCUCUCACUCUCACUCUUCUUCGACGGCAGCGCCACUGGAACGAUCGUUCAGGCAAGGGGCUCGGGGAGAGGUGCAUACCGUACAGCAACGUCAGAAGCAGCAUCAUGGCUGAAGACGCGACAUUGAGAAUGCUACAGCGGUUCGACGCAGCGGUGGAGCGUGUGCUGAUCAAAGUUCCUGGCGCGUCAGUCUUUCCCUUCAACGACGCCCGGGAUGGCUGGGACCACCCGUUUUGCAACGGUGCCACGUUUCUCUGCGCUCGAUCUGGGGGUCGCCCACCGAUUCUGAUUGUGUUAAGCAACUCGGACCAGCAUGAUUUCGUCUUACCCAUCGACGACCAGCUGUCUUGGCAACCCGAACUUGCACAAAACUUCCUCAUCUUUAGCAGCAGCGCCACAGACACCAGUGCCAUGACACAGCUCCUGGACAUCCUGGGCAGCUAUGGAGGUGAUGAAGCCGUCUUGAAUCUGGCCAACAGCUUUGGCACACCAGCUACCCCUGCUCGAUCCGCCAACGGCGGCAAUCCCCUUCCUACGGCGAGCGGCGGCCAGACUGACAUCAUGACCCGUUUAAUUCGAGGCAUCAUUCGUGGACAGUCGCAAAAGGGCCGGGCCAGCUUGUUAACGCAAGACGAGCUCAAAGGCAUUAUUCAGCAAACCCUGAACGAUGUAAGAGCAGCACACAGCCCCAAAGCAUCACACAGCCCCAAGGCACCUAGACCCAGAUUGCGCGAUUGCCCCAUGUUUAACUCAUUCCGCUAUCCCGCCCUGGUCUCUUAG